AUGGCUGAGCAAAGUAGUGUUGUAUGCCCGACUCUAACAGAAGAAGAUGAAAAAAGUUUUACAAGUAUAUUAAAAGAGCGUGGAGUUACUGGUUUAUAUGAAUAUUCUCUUGGGAAAUUAGAUUCGUGGCUUAACGUUUCUCUAAACGUCGCAGUAACGGGAGGAUCAGGGAAAGGAAAAUCAACUCUCAUCAAUGCAAUGCUCGAUCUCAAAGAUGACGAUGAGGGGGCUGCUGUUUCAGAUGAAACAACAAAGAAAAGAACAAAAUAUCAACACCCUGAAAACAAGAACAUAGUAUUUUGGGAUUUACCUGGAGUCGGUACAAAUAAUUUCAAAAAAGAGGAUUAUUUAGAUGAAGUGAAGCUGGAUGAAUAUGAUUUUUUCAUUCUUGUGUCAUCUGAACGCUUUUCAGAAAACGACGGUUGGCUAGCUGAAGAAAUACGGAAGAGGAAUAAACGGUUCUUCUUUGUGCGUACAAAAGUAGAUAAUGACAUCGAUGCAGAGAAGAGGAGUAGGAAAAAAAAUCGCCGAACACCGGAAACAAUCCUAGACUUGAUACGAUCGGACUGUAAGGAGUGUCUUAAUAAUCUCGGUUUUCCUGAAAGCCAUGUUUUCUUGGUUGAUAAUUUGUCGCCAUACCUGUUUGAUUUUGAUCGACUAUCAAAACAACUAAUUGAAGAUGCACCAAAGAGGAAACGGGAGACACUUCUUUUCUCCAUUAAAGGAUAUGCUUGUCAAGUCAUAAAUGAGAAAAGAAAUACUCUUGAAAAGAGAAUUCCAAAGCUGUCCUUGAUAUCUGCAGUAGCUGGAGCUGCUCCAAUACCUGGUGUUGGUCUAUGUGUUGAUGUUGCCAUAAUAAUUAAAGAAGUUAACUUUUACAGAGAACAGUUUGGAUUGACUGAUAAUGAUAUUAAGAAGACUGCAGAGAUUUUAAGAUUUCAAGAGGAAGAAUUGAAAAAAGAAUUUGACAUGGAAACCUUCCUGGAAAAUUGCACAAAGAAAGGAAUCAUAGCUCUAUGUCGGUAUUUUGCUGUAUCUUAUUCUUCAGCGGAAAUCGCCAAAUAUGCAAUCCCUUUACUAGGUAGCAUCAUAAACGGAACGAUAUCGUAUAGAACCACUUCAUACUGCCUGACGACAAUUCUUGACGACAUCUACAAGGCCUCGGUGAAAGUUUCUGAAAAAAUGAGUUCUGAUAUAGUAGAAACAUCUAUAAAAUAA